GAAGCUUUCUUAUGCCUUCCAAGCUCAUAAAUUAUUUUAUUUUAAUUCAAUUAUUCUGUAAGGGUUCAUCCACCGUAUGAACACAAGAACCCUUUCAAUCCUUCUUUGUUUCACAUAUACCCAAUUCAAUUUUCACGCUUUCAUUCUACGCAAACCGACUCUGUUUUCAUGAACCCUCGUUCAUGCUCCUUACGAAAUCGAUGUUGUGAUUUCACCAUUUUUUUGGUGUGUUAAGCAGAGGAAAUUCAGAAGGCAUGGAAAAUUCCCAAGAUGAACCACUUCCUCCAGGUGUUCCUUCGUGGCCAAACUAUGCCCUUGCCGCUCCUUCACCUCAAUACCCUUUUCCUCCCAACGCCCCCAACAACCUUCAACAUGAAAUUAACCCUUCCAAUUCUAAUCUUACUGUGAACACUAGAGUGGAUGAUGCCACAGUUACAGUUUCAAAUAACAUCGCUUCGAACUACUAUGGAGCACAGUUCAAUGGGUCGCGCGACAUUGAUAUUGCUGCUCAGGAUGCAGUACUGCGCGAACAAGAAAUUGCGAUGCAAAAUGUCAUAAGGAGUCAAAGGGAGGGAAGAACUGCUGUUGCACCUAACGAGGACAAUUUGGAUAUAUUCUCGGAGCGGCGUGACCCCAACGCUUUGAAGGAGCAUCUGUUGAAAAUGGCCACAGAGCAUAGGGCUGAAAUGGCUGUGAAACGUGGGAAAGCUGCACGUGUGGAAGAAGGUAACACAGAAAUAGGCAAUGGAUAUGGUGUGCCCGGUGGAGGUGCCUAUUAUGAUGGUCCAAAACUUAAUACUGCUGCAGUAGGUAACAGUGCCAUCAGUCAGUCUGAUCCUAUACUCGAUAGAUGUUCAGAACAGAAACCUGCAGCUAAAGAAUUGCCUGAGUACCUCAAGCAGAGGUUGAGAGCUAGGGGUAUUCUUGGAGACAAUUCAUGCACGGCAGAUCUUUUUCAGAAAGCCACUGCAGAUGAAGUUACGGAAUAUCGAAAGUUGCCACCAGGAUGGGUUGAGGCAAAAGAUCCUGGAAGUGGGGCAUGUUAUUAUUAUAAUGAAAGUACAGGAAAGAGUCAAUGGGAAAAGCCUCAAGAAUCAUACUUAACUGAGCAAUCACCAUCAUCUUCACAUCUCCCAGAAAAUUGGGUGGAGUCAUUGGAUGAAACAACAGGUCAUAAGUAUUAUUACAAUACAAAAACUCAUAUAUCACAAUGGGAGAGGCCUAAUUUAGCUCACGAAGUUUCUGUUGGUGAUGGAUAUGACCAAUCAUCUAAUUUACCACGGUGCAUGGGAUGUGGUGGGUGGGGUGUUGGCCUUGUUCAAGCAUGGGGUUACUGCAAUCACUGUACAAGGUAGAGAGUUGCUACUGUUAAUGAAUACUGAGGUCUUAGUUUGUGUUUGGUUCAUCUUAUUUUUGGAAAAUGGUUACUCUUAAGCGAUUGUUUCUUUAGAAAUAAUCCCAACCAAGCUUGCUAAUGGGGAGUUCUUAUUACUAUAAUUACAUAAACAAGGCACAAAGCUUUUAGAAUGAAGAAUAUGAAGAUUAUUAUUAGGAAUGUUUUUAUUUAUUACCAUAUCAUAUCAUUAUCAUUACCGAAUACCACUUCUCU